UCCUCGGCUGCAAGCCUGCAGAUGCCAUUUGAGAUGUCCCCCUUCUGUUGCUGGCGCCUGUCUGCGGUUCUUCUUGCCCUGCUCGUCUGCCUAGGGUCUGGCGGGAACGCAUUCGAGGUAUACUCGUGGCCAGAGCAGCUGGUGGUGGAGCACGGAGGGUCCUAUGAGAUCAACUGUAGUACCAGCUGUCCCUGCCCAGAUCUUGGUGGCGUGGAGACCGUCCUAAACAAGACUCUGCUGGACAAACAGCCUCAGUGGAUGCAGUUCAGGUUCUUCGAUGCCUCCAACGACACGGAGCUGCAGUGCCACUUCACCUGCUCUGGGGAGCAGCAGUCCGCGGUGGUCAGAGUCAGUGUGUUCCGCCCCCCAGAGCAAGUGCUGCUGAAGCUGCAGCCCAUGUGGGUGACUGUAGGCAAAUCUUUCAUCAUUGAGUGCAGAGUGCCCACUGUGGCCCCCCUUGAGACACUCACCCUCACCCUGCUCCGUGGCAAGGAGCCCCUGCACAUGCAGGCCUUCGGGAGGGCAACGGCUGUCCCAGGAGAGGCCAUGAUCACAUACAACAGAACGGCUCACAAGGAAGACGGUCGCCACAACUUCUCCUGCCAGGCCGAGCUGGACCUGCGGUCUCGUGGUGGGGGCAUCAUUCGCAGAACCUCAGAGCCCCAGGUGCUUGAUAUCUAUGAACCCGGGCAGGACAACCAGAUGGUCAUCAUCAUCACAGUCGUGUCAGUGCUGCUGUUCCUGUUUGUGACAUCCGUCUUGCUGUGCUUUGUCUUCGGCCAGCAGUGGCACCAGAGGCGAAGAGGCAACUACGGGGUGCAGGCAGCUUGGAGUAGACUGAGGCGGGUCUACCGGGCAUAGCCUGCACAAGGGGUGCGGCCACCCCCGUGGCAGCCACUGGGACUCAGUGUGGCUCCUCAGGGAUGUGGUCCAGCCCUGGCUGAAGGACAAUGACAAGCUGCAGAGACUUUGAGGACACUUCCUUUUCUAGUCUGAAUAUAAUCACCUUGACCUAA